AUGUUUGUAUCCCGGCUCCUGUGCUUGAAUCCUUUCACUGUGAAGGCUGAAAUUCCAUUUGCCUUCUUCAAUACCUGCUUCACCUGUAUGCUUACUUACAGCAAGUGGUGUACAAGGAUACCUGGAUCUCAUUGCACCACUCCUAUCCCAGUCUAUCUCCAUUCAGGUGUACUGGAACACUUGAAGGUGCUGGAGAAAUGUGCCAAGAAGCUGGCGUCAGAACAAUUAGAAGCACAGCACAGACAGCAGGUUCUAGAACAGGAGAAAACACUGUUGGAAAGACUGAGAUCAAAAAGGGAUGCUCUGAGGACCAAAGUGAUUGCGCAGUCUGCUGGAUCCUUGUUAGAUAUCCUGGCAGAGACACAAACAAACUCAGUGCCACUGCUGGACAAGGUGGAUGUCAGUUCCACGUUGCUGAAAGGGAGAGUCAAGACUCUGCAGGACAUUCUGGAUGCAUAUAACCUUGCAGGAGUUAGUGUGAAGGUGACAGAGCCAAGCUCCACAUUCGUUUUCUGUAUCAGCACUGCAUAUGAGGGCAUCUACCUAGACUCCUAUUACCUGGACAUUCAGACCAAGCAGCCACGCAAAAUAAUUCGGCACAACAUACCUGCCUUCAUCCCUCUGGAGCAGACAGCUCGCAAGUACCUGCAGAAUGACCUGCGACAAUUCAUGGAUGUGCUGCGCGAUGCUCUGAAUGCCUAUGCCAGUAGAAGAUAUCAGGUGGAGCAGUUACAGAUGCACUACCAUACGUCCCUGACAGGCCAGAUACAGAAGAAUGCUGCGUAUAACUUGCUGAAAUUCCAGUAUCCCAUUCAGUGUGGGGACAUGCAUCAUGACGUUCAGGUGAAACUGGUAUAUGAGGAUCUUGCAUGCUACCUUCCGACUGGAGUCAUACUCACAUGUACGGGAGCAGAUUCAGAAUCCAUGAGGACAAAAUUAGAAAGUCACCAGCAACUCUUCCAAAACAUGGAACUUCAUCGAGUAUUUGACAGCUUGAGGAUGCAGCAAGAAGCAGUUGUAUCAAGCAGCAGUCUCCGUGCAGUACAUGGUUCGGCCAGUCCUUCCAGUCACUGAGUGCCACGUUCUUCGACAACCACAGCACGAAGAGGAUGCAAAUAGGGUUUAUCUUGAUGUUUUGAACUAUUCCUCAAUUAAAGGGCUGACUGAUGCUGUAA